AUGGGAGAUUGUGCAGAUGAUAUCCUCACAACACUGAGAAUUGAUGAGGAAACCUCCACAUAUGAGGAUGUGAAAAAAGCCCUGAAUGACUAUUACCAAGUUUGUCGUAAUAUAAUAGUGGAGCGAGCAAGAUUCAAUAAACGAGUCCAAACACAUAGGGAACCCAUUGAUGUCUUCAUACAAGAUUUAUAUCGCUUAGCUGAAGACUGUGAUUAUGGUGUGCUGAAAGAUGACCUUAUAAGGGACAGAAUCGUUGUAGGAGUUUUAGAUGACUCACUGUCAGACCACCUGCAAAUGAAAUUAACCCUUACUCUCGCUAUCGCUGUACAAACAUGUCGUCAGGCCGAAGCUAGAAAACAAAGUCGUGAAGUAGUUCGUGGGGACACUAGUAUAAAGCCAAGUAAUGUUGAUUUUGUAAAACACUCAACUGCAUCCCGUAGAAGUAACCAGAAAUAUAAAGCACAGCCAAAGAAAAGUGACAAACAUUGUUACAGCCGUACUAGAACACAAACACAAGAUAGCUGUCGAUGGUGUGGUGGUCAACGUCACGAUCGUCGUAUAUGUCAUAAAUGUCAGAAAUCCGGACACUUUAAAAAAGUUUGUCGUAGUACAAGACAAGAAAGCAGUAAAAUAAACGAGGUACACAACCUUGAAGAGAUAUAG